AUGGGAAUUGCUAUGCGUUUCCUUCCCGGCACUCUUCUCGAAGUUAUCAGAAACAAGGACUUCCGAACUUUGUUCUCACCAUCCCGCUUCAAGGAUGUUUGGUUCGGCAACUUCUGGGCGUUCAUCGGGCCGCAGGUAAAAGCCAAUGCCGAGAGCCGUGUCAUUCCAUUACUCGAAGGCCGUGUGAGAAAUGGCCAUAUGGGAGACGAAGUUGUUGGAGAGCCCAUUAACGGCGUUGUUCUUGAGAUCGGUGCGGGAACCGGAAUGUGGGCGGAUGUGUUUGCCAAAGUCAACGUUGGAGUGAACAACCAAGGAGAUGUUGAUGGAGAAUUGAGAAGAAGAAAAGGAGGCAACGGGUUGACUCGUGUGUAUGGCAUUGAGCCAAAUCCCAAGUCUGCGGCAACCCUGCGGCAACGAGUGAAGGAGAUUGGCCUUGAUGGUAUUUAUGAGGUUGUCCCCGUGGGCAUUGAAUCUCUCAACGAUCCGGAGUCGUGGGAUGGGCGCAUUGAGCCAGAGAGUGUCGAUUGCAUCGUCACAAUUUUGUGUCUCUGCAGUAUUCCUGAGCCUGACAAGAACAUCAAGCUUCUGUAUCAGAGUCUCAAGAAAGGCGGUCGAUGGUAUGCCUAUGAGCAUGUGCGCAUCAAUGAGAACAGGGGCGUCCUCUUGCGUGCCUAUCAAUGGGUUACUGGUCUUGUGUGGUCACAGGUCAUGGGGUCGUGCCGCAUUUGCCGAUCGACGGGGAAAUCCUUAAGAGAAGCCGGGCCAUGGGAGAAGAUUGACCUAGCACAGCCUGAAGGAGAGGCAAGAUUUGGCAUCCUUCCCCAUGUUGUUGGAACAUUAACCAAAUAA